CCCUCAUUGGAUACGAGUGCGUGCCCCCACGCGCGGAAGGUCAAGAGAGCGGAGUAGUUUGAAAACAUGGAGACCGGAAGUAGUAGGAAGAGGCAGCACGAGCCAGAAUCGGAAGCGUCGGGCCUGUCUGGAGAAGAAGAAGAAUACGACGACGACGACGAAAAAGAAGAAAGAGUGAAAGGAGAGGUCGAGGAGGAGGAGGAGGAUGACGCAGACGAAGACUACCAGCCUUAUGUGCCACUCAAGCAGCGCAAGCAGGAGCUGUUGCAAAAGUUGCUGCAGAUUCGUCGCAAAGGGGCGCUGGAGGAGGAACAAAGGGACAGCGGCAGCGAUUAUCAUGGUGAUGAAGAUGACAUUCCCCUGGGCCCUCAGUCUAACAUCAGCCUUUUGGAUCAGCACCAGCACCUCAAAGAGAAGGCAGAAGCACGUAAAGAGUCAGCUAAAGAGAAACAGCUUAAAGAAGAAGAAAAGAUCCUGGAAAGUGUGGCAGAAGGACGAGCUCUGAUGUCUGUGAAGGAAAUGGCAAAGGGCAUCACAUACGACGAUCCAAUUAAAACCAGCUGGAAGGCUCCCCGGUAUAUCCUAACUAUGUCAGAAGCAAGGCAUGACCGUGUCCGUAAAAAAUACCAUAUCCUUGUGGAAGGGGAAGGAAUUCCACCUCCUCUCAAAAGUUUCAAAGAGAUGAAGUUCCCAGCUGCAAUUCUGCGAGGCUUGAAAAAGAAGGGGAUCCUGCAGCCAACUCCUAUCCAGAUACAGGGUAUUCCUACCAUCCUUUCUGGUAGAGACAUGAUUGGUAUUGCCUUCACUGGCUCCGGCAAGACCCUUGUGUUCACCCUCCCGGUUAUCAUGUUUUGCCUAGAGCAGGAAAAGAGGCUUCCAUUUUCCAAAAGGGAAGGACCAUAUGGGCUCAUCAUCUGCCCCUCUCGGGAACUGGCUCGACAGACCCAUGGCAUCCUGGAGUACUAUUGCCGCCUGCUGCACGAGGAUGGGAUGCCUGCCUUGCGCUGUGCGCUCUGCAUCGGUGGCAUGUCUGUGAAAGAACAAAUGGAGACUAUCAAGCAUGGUGUACACAUGAUGGUGGCAACCCCAGGCCGUCUGAUGGAUCUGUUGCAGAAAAAGAUGGUCGGUCUGGAUGUCUGCCGCUACCUGGCUUUGGAUGAAGCUGACAGGAUGAUUGAUAUGGGUUUUGAAGGAGAUAUCCGCACCAUCUUUUCCUACUUCAAGGGACAGCGACAGACCCUUCUCUUCAGUGCUACCAUGCCUAAAAAGAUUCAGAAUUUUGCAAAAAGUGCCCUUGUGAAGCCUAUCACAAUCAAUGUUGGACGCGCAGGAGCUGCCAGUUUGGAUGUCAUACAGGAAGUAGAAUAUGUGAAAGAGGAAGCUAAGAUGGUAUAUCUACUUGAAUGUCUACAGAAGACUCCACCACCUGUUCUUAUUUUUGCUGAAAAAAAAGCAGAUGUAGAUGCAAUUCAUGAAUAUUUACUACUCAAAGGUGUAGAGGCUGUGGCCAUACAUGGUGGAAAAGACCAAGAGGAGCGAACAAAAGCUAUUGAGGCUUUCCGGGAUGGGAAAAAGGAUGUUCUUGUUGCAACAGAUGUUGCCUCCAAAGGCUUGGAUUUCCCAGCCAUCCAGCAUGUCAUCAAUUAUGACAUGCCCGAAGAGAUAGAAAACUAUGUUCAUCGGAUUGGGCGUACAGGCCGCUCAGGGAAUACUGGCAUUGCCACCACAUUCAUCAACAAAGCCUGCGAUGAAUCGGUACUCAUGGAUUUGAAGGCGCUGCUGCUGGAGGCCAAGCAGAAGGUGCCUCCCGUGCUUCAAGUGUUGCACUGUGGAGAUGAAUCCAUGUUGGAUAUUGGAGGAGAAAGAGGCUGUGCUUUCUGUGGGGGACUGGGUCAUCGUAUCACCGACUGCCCCAAGCUGGAAGCCAUGCAGACCAAACAAGUCAGCAACAUUGGACGCAAAGACUAUUUGGCACACAGCUCCAUGGACUUCUAGACUGACUCUGCCUUUUGGCUAGGCAUAGGUUGCUGUGGUUUUUUUUCUCCUUUUUUCCUUCCUUGGAAAAGCAUCUUUUCUGAAAUAAUUCCAUUGCAGUUCCUGGAACAACUAUCGCCAAUAGAAGUAGGAAACAGGCUGCAGAGGAGGACUUUUUUUUCCAUUUGGGAUCUUAGUGCUUCUGUUGUAAAUAUUGAUCCUAUCUCAAGGUGAAGUGCUAGGCUUGGUUGUCCUAUCUCCCACAUUGCCUUCUAUGUGAACAUUUUGUGCUAAUUUGGGUCAAUCACAUCACCUUGGUAUCUGGGGUUGUACAUUCUUUAAAUGCAUGCUCCAUCCUUUUUUUAACACUUGUUUGUUUUUAAGCUGUUCAGUAUGCUCUUUCUUGAGGGCAGCAGGCCAUUGUUGCAAUAAUUGGUUGCAUCAGAGAUUGUCACUUGUGCUGGGCAAACAUUGCCUCGCUCCUCAGCAUUUGACCAUAAUGAGGAGUCAGAGUCUCAGUAUGUAGUUCACGUUCUACUACUAAGUUUCUGGUCGCUAUAAAAACAGUUUGUAUAAUUUUAUUUAUGCCUUGCCUUGACCCCACCCAUCUUAUAUCCAGCCAUGUUGCUUUUUCUAACAGCUCUGUUUUGGGUGGCAGCUCCUGCAGCUGCAGAAGAGCUGUUCUUGCCUGCUAAAAGUUGUUGGGUUGACUGUCUCCUGGGACAGUCUGUCUCUCUUGGGACUUUUUGCCCGUUAUAACUUUCUGCGUGCUUGCAGGCCCCAAAGGGGAAGUUAGCAGGCAGAGGAAGUUGCCUGCACUAUCAUACUUACUGACUCAUCUCUUGGGCAGCCACAAGAGCUCAUCAUCUUGACAGUCUCUGUCGCACACUUUACUGGGUUGUUAGCUUGGAUCUGACUCCUAUGGAGCACCCUAUGAAAGAUGGCUUCCUGUAUGUUCAGCACCCCAAAUUUGGGAAGGUAAAUGUGGUAUCUCACUUGUAAUGGGAAAGCUGAUUCUACAGAAUCUUGAAGGUAGAGGUGAAUGGAUUUGUGGAUUUUGUUUGUCUUGUCAAAGGAAAUUUUUCUUUAUACUUUCCAUUGUUAAGGCUUAAGGUGUUAGCCUUGGUCAUAUAAAAGGCAGAGCCUGCAGUAGCUAUGAUUAUCCGGUAUUUAUGUUCCAUUCUCUUGCUUUAAUGUUACAUUGAAUUGUGAGUGUACAGUUCUGUAUUCUGUCAUUUCUGGAUAUGAUUAAAUCAAAUGACAAAUAAAACUAAAUGCUGUAUACAUUAAGGAGCGUAGCAUAAAUGUGUCUGUCGGCAAUAUGUGGUAAAUUGGCCUGAAACAAUCAUUCUGAAAGGAAUAUGGACAAAAUUACUUUGCAGGGUAUGCCUUUGAAUGGAGAAACCCAAGACCAGGGUCUUUGUACCGAGUCUCCCAAGUAGGGGAGACUUGGGAAAGCUCAGACAUUUUAAAAUUUGAGACGCCCAUGUUGAGGCUGGGAUGGAGGGAGGUUUGGAUCCCUUCAUUCUAUUCCUCACCCUCUUCAGUUUCCUAUCUCUUCUCAGCUCUGGUUUUGCAGCUGCCAACUGCAUUAGCAAGUACAAUCAAAGUCUUCCCAAAAGUAAAAUUUGGCAGUGUUGGGUGGGGAAAUCACCGGUACAAAAUCAAAAUGGUUCAGUGAUUCUCUCAUUUUCAGUCACUUGCCUUAUAGGCCAGGGCGGGCAGAUUUCAGUUGACACCCCCAGAUUGAAAAGGAGCCAUAACCAGGCUUUUAAUAGUCUAGCAUUUCUUGAAAGUAUUUUCAUGGUGUCAAUGAUGUUAUCUCAUUAAGCCUGGUGGUUGCCAAUGAAGCCAAAAUCCAUCUGGAAGGGUGAGACCAACUGAAGACUUUCUAACUGGCAAUUUUGGUUACUGGUGACAACUGACACAUUAGGGAACUAGAGUUCAACCUUCUUUUGUUAAUCUCUGAUUGUACUUUGAAGUUUGAGAAAUGGCUGCUGGCAAGCAAAAUUAAAUGCCAAGUUGAAGUUGCUUUCUUGUUUUAUUGUAACCACUCUAAAAAUUUGACUUCAUGGAAAUUGAUAUAGGCUAAAAUAUCCCGUUACCACUCUAAUGGCUGAGGCCUUCAGGCCUCCGUAUUAUUCCUUUACUACUAGUGGAAAAAUAUGUUACAUAUCUAACUCUUGUUUUUAAAAUGAUGCAGAGAUUCUAUAUUGGGUUACCUAGAGUUCUGGGAGAUUUUUUAAACAUUUUUUUAUCUCAUGUUUAUUGUUUUUAAAAUAAUACAUACUAAUAAUCCUUCCUCCUGUUUUCUCCACAACAACCCUGUGAGGUGAGUUGUGCUGAGAAAGAGUUACUGGCCCAAAGUCACCCGCCAGUUUUCACGCCUAAGACAGGACUAGAACUCACAAUCUCCUGAUUUCUAGCCUUGUUGCUUAACCCAAAAUUGGCUAAAUUUAUAGCUAACUGAGAUGCUGUUUCUAACAGCUUUCUCAUUUCAUGCUCCGCAGAAGUAAGCAGCUCAUACAGUAUACUAAAACUAAUAUGAGUUGAUGCUUUGGUUUGGCAUGAUAACUAUUCUGUCUAGAACAAAACAUCGUUAAACAACCCAUAGCUUAACAAUGAUUGACUCAGUGUAUCCCUUUGAUAACUGCUAUUCAUUGAGGAAUUUUACAGAAGGAGCACCAAUUGGUGUGGGUGAGUAUGAUGAAAAUCCUCAUCUUCCAAAUAUUUAUAUCAGCCUUCCUAAAUCUGCUGCUUCCCAUCUCCUCAACAGUAUUUCCAUCAUUUCCAGACAUUUAGCCUAUACUUCUCUUAGAAUCAGAUCCUCUGAUUCUAAACUGUUGCGUCAAAAAUUAGGUGGGUGGGUAUAGAAAAUAGCUCAGAACAGUUACAUUGGCCAAGAAUUGUUGAUGCUGAUAGACAGCAGUUUCGUAAGAUUUAGACAGAUUUUAAUUUUGUCUGGAAAAGCUGACUAUUGAAUCUGGGGUAUUUUAUGUUUUAGAGACAAAUCCACUUAGGAAAAGCAGUGCACACACCUUCCUCUGACUUUUUUUGAACAAAUUGCAUAAUGGAAAUUACUAUAUUUUACUUGCUCAAUCACUGAUCUCAGACUAUGAAAUGCAAUGUCAAAAAGGAAGGGACAGGCACUGGCUGAUGAUGAGCUGGUCCAAUAAAUAAUAGCAGAGGGCCCUGAAACCAUUACUCACGAUCAAGUCUAGUUUUUUUGAAUCCCACAAGGAUUAGAAAUUUACAUUUCUGUUGACUGCUUUGAUCAAGGGAAAAAAACCGAAUACUUUUGUUUCUACCUGGAAAGUGCUUCCUGGACUUUGUGCUUGAGGUAGAAAAAAACGAAACUUUGAUUUUGGGCUUUACCGAUCAGUUGGAUUUGUUGUUAAAGAAAUGGCUACUUCAAACUAU